AUGGAAACUCCGGCAGGAGACUCAACACCAAUUGUCCAUCUAUCCCGACAGGAAAUGGAUACACCCGUGGCCGGUCGAGAGGGAACGGUACAAUUGACACGGCGGGAACUGCAGCAGAUGAUGGAAGAGGCAGGGAGAAAAGCCCUGGUGGCUUACGAGCGGAGAACGGCAACUCCGUUAGAAAGAGAAGUGGCAGGGAAAAGGCUGUUUCAAGAAGGAGAAGAUGCCCGAGAUAAUGAAGGAAUGAGCCGUCCGGGAGCGAACCGGAAGGGUCCCUUGCCCUCAGAUGCAGGGUCCAGUAGCAGGGCUCCAAGUCGUCCCAGAGGACCCGCUAUCUCUCGAGCAGAGGUAGAUAAUGUUAGUAAACAAAUUGCUGUGCUGGGAAAGCAAAUUGAUGAACUUAAAAAAAGAGGAGAGAUAGUGGCACAUCACCGGAAUUCACCUUUUGCCAAUCAGAUCCUCAUUGAAACGGUGAAUCCCGGUUUUAGGAUGCCGGACCUCCCAAAAUAUGAUGGAACCCGGGAUCCACAAGAACAUAUAGCAGCCUUUGACAUGGUAAUGAACUUAUACGGGCAGGCCAAUUCCAUAAUGGCUAAACUGUUCGUUACUACAUUGACAGGAAAAGCCCAGGAAUGGUUUAUGAACUUGCCACCGGGUAGUAUAGAGUCAUAUGAACAUCUGGUGCAGAAAUUCGCAUUCCAUUUUGCUUCCAAGAAAAAGCAGAAGAGAUCGGCCACGCAUUUAUUUACCAUCCGUCAAGGAGAGAGUGAGAGCCUGAAAAACUUCAUGGGACGUUUUAAUAAUGAAACGUUGGAGGUGCAGGAUCUUAGGAUAGACAUGAUGACGAGUAUCUUAAUCCAUGGAUUGAAAAAAGGAGUCUUUGCCUCGGCUUUAGCACGGGACCCGCCCGUCGAUACAGAGCAGUUGAUGGCAAUGGCACAAAAAUAUAUUGAUGAAGAAGAGAUGAAUGCCAUGAAGGAUGAGGAGUGGAGAGUUGCCACAGAACGGGCAAGAGAUGGAAGAUUCGCUAGAGAUCGGGAUGUGCGACCAAAAAAGGAGAGGGAGAAGGAGCCACCCUACCAGCCGAAAUAUAGCAGGUACACUCCUUUAAAUAUGACCAGGGCCAAAGCUCUCAUGAUGGUAGAAAAGGAUAAGAUAUUGAUGUGGCCGAAGCAUACAAGGGUUACUCCAGCCAAAAGAAACUCGAACAAGUACUGCCGGUUUCAUCGAGAGAGAGGGCAUGAUACCGAAGAGUGCUAUCAACUGAAAGAUGAGAUAGAGCGAUUGGUGCGACAAGGGUAUUUUCGGAGACAUAAUCCCCAUAAUUUUGAAAGAAGACAUGAUCGCAGAGGCAGAUCGAGAAGUAGAGAUCAUAGAUCAAAUUGGGCAGAAGAUCGAAGGAACCAGACGAUGGCGGAGAAUGCGCCUGUGAAAGGCGUCAUCCACACCAUUGCUGGGGGAUCAGAGGGAUGGUCGAGAAGAGCUAGAAGAAAAUUUGAGAGGGAGACUAGGUGGGAGCGGCGUAGGCAAGGGGUACACACGACAAGCAACCCUGAGAUCGUGUUCGGAGAUCAGGAUGCUGGGACCAGGAUCGUGACAGAUAAUGAUCCAAUGGUGAUACGAAUGGACAUAGCAAAUUUUACAGUCCACAAGGUUCUGAUAGAUAACGGGAGUUCAGCAGAUAUAAUAUUUAAGGAAGUGUUGAAUAAGAUGGGACUUGAUAAUAUAAGGUUGGAACCAGUAAAUAUUCCCUUGGUAGGAUUUGGGGGAAGCGAGGUCGCAUCACUUGGGACAGUGGAGUUACCUGUAUCUUUGGGAGAAGAACCAAAACGCAAAACGUUGAUGGUAAAAUUUUUAGUUGUUGAUAUGCCUUUUGCUUACAAUGUUAUCCUGGGGAGACCUGGGCUUAACUCUUUCAGGGCGGUGGUAUCAACGUAUCACCUCAAGAUGAAGUUCCCCACUAUAUCGGGGAUAGGGGAGGUCGUGUGCGAUCAGAUCGAAGCCAAAAGGUGUUAUAAUUUAUCAGAAAAGAAAAGAAAGCCUCAGAGUAUGAAGAAAGAAGACUGGCAGACACUGAAAGCAGGGAGGAUAGAACCAGUUGACCAGAAAGAAGUGGAGUUGAUACAGGGAGACCCGACCAAGGUCACCAAGAUAGGAACCAACUUGGGGCAGUUCGAAGGAGCGAUGGUUACUUUUCUAAGGUGUAAUGUGGAUAUGUUUGCAUGGGACCCGUCCGAUUUUCGGGGUAUAAACCCGGAGGUGAUGGUACAUAGACUAAAUGCGGACCCAUCCAUGCGACCUGUCCAACAGAAGAAGCGAACCUUUGGAGCCGAGAAAAACGCGAUCAUUGAAGGAGAGGUAAAUAAAUUGCUUAAAGCAGGGUAUGUGUCCGAGGUACAGUACACGGAUUGGUUGGCUAAUGUGGUCGUGGUGCCGAAACCAGGCGGUAAGUGGAGAAUGUGUACAGACUUUACGGAUCUCAACAAGGCAUGUCCGAAAGACCCCUACCCAUUACCGAGGAUUGAUAUCCUAGUCGAUUCGACGGCUGGAUAUAGGACAUUUUCCAUGAUGGAUGCGUAUCAGGGAUAUCAUCAGAUUUUUAUGGCACCCGAAGAUCGAAUAAAAACCUCCUUUGUAACUGACCGUGGGAUUUAUUGUUAUAAUGUUAUGCCUUUUGGAUUGAAAAAUGCAGGGGCAACGUAUCAAAGGUUGGUUAACAAGAUGUUUGCUCAGCAGAUAGGAAAAACCAUGGAGGUGUAUGUGGAUGAUAUGCUGGUUAAAAGUCAACACCCAGAGGAACAUUUGGAGCAUUUGAAGGCAGCCUUUGCGAUCAUGAGAGAACAUGGGAUGAAGCUAAAUCCCAGCAAAUGUACAUUCGGUGUAGAUGGAGGCAAAUUUCUCGGAUACAUGGUUAGCGAACGUGGUAUUGAGGCUAACCCAGAAAAGAUAGAAGCCAUACUGAAUCUGAAGUCUCCUACAUCCAUCAAAGAAGUUCAAAAGUUGACAGGUAGAAUUGCUUCUCUUAAUCGCUUCAUUUCUAGGUCGGCAGAUCGCAAUUUACAUUUCUUUAAAAUAUUGAGGAAAGUAAAAGGGUUUAAGUGGACCGAGGAAUGCGAGCAAGCUUUUCAAGAGUUAAAAAUUUAUUUGAGAUCGCCGCCUCUCUUGGCGAACCCUAGAGAAGGGGAUGUGUUAUAUCUUUACUUGGCUGUUUCUAAUGAUGCGGUUAGUUCGGUAUUGACAAAAGAAGAGGGAAAGGUUCAGAACCCGGUGUAUUAUGUGAGUAAGAUGUUGCAAGGAGCAGAAACUAGAUAUGCGGAGAUCGAAAAGUUAGCAUUGGCGGUUGUGGUGACGGCCAGGAAGCUAAGGCCAUACUUUCAAUCGCAUCGAAUAGUGGUAAGAACUAAUCAUCCACUCCGAAACAUUCUUACUCGACCAGAGGCUUCGGGUAGAAUGAUAAAAUGGGCGGUCGAAUUGGGAGAAUUCGACAUCACUUAUCAGGCUCGAACGGCAGAAAAAGCUCAGGUAGUGGCGGAUUUCAUGGUGGAGAUAUCUAGUGCUCAAAAAUGUACAGAAACAUGGAUGUUGCAUGUGGAUGGAUCCUCCAAUGCAAACAAUGGCGGAGCAGGAAUAUUGAUCGAAGGACCAGGAGGCAUGGAGAUCGAGGUCGCUGUUCGGCUGUCUUUUCCCGUUACGAAUAAUGAAGCUGAAUACGAAGCCUUACUCCUAGGUUUGGAAUUAGCAUUGGAAGCUGGAGCACAUAUUCUCGAAGUUUACACUGACUCGCAGCUAGUCGCUAUGCAGGUGGAGGGAAUAUAUGAAACUAAAGAAAGAUCUAUGGCAGAUUAUCUGAAGAAAGCAAAGGAGAGGAUGCAGAAAUUCUCCAAAUGCAAUAUCCAGCAAAUCCCCAGGAGCGAGAAUGAAAGAGCCGAUACGUUAUCAAAAUUGGGGGCUACGCUAGCAGGAAUAAAGGACAGAAAAAUCACGGUGAUGGUAAAGGAGCGAUCCGCGAUCUCAGAAGUGAUCGAAACCCAUGUAGUGACUCCAAGAUGUCUGUGGAUAGAAGAUAUAUCGACAUACCUGAGGGAAGGGAUCUUGCCUACUGAUGCGGGGCAGGCAAGACGCAUUAAGUUCAAAGCUCCAAGGUUUACCUUAAUAGGGACCCAAUUGUAUAAAAGAACAAUUGAAGGACCCCUCCUCAAAUGCUUAGAGGACGCCCAAGCCAGGUAUGUUCUACAGGAAAUCCAUGAAGGGAACUGCGGAAAUCAUUCGGGAGCCAGAUCCUUAGCCCAGAAAGUAACCCGACAGGGAUACUUCUGGCCCACAAUGAUGAAAGACUGCAAGGAGUUUGUACGCAGAUGUGAGAAGUGCCAGAAGUUUGCUUCACAAAUCCACACCCAUGCGGUACCGAUGACCCCAGUUCCAAUCACAUGCCCAUUCGAUCAAUGGGGUAUAGACAUAAUGGGGCCUUUUCCUCCAGCUCGAGCUCAGAAGAAGUUUGUCAUAGUCGCUGUGGAAUACUUUUCAAAAUGGGUGGAGGCAGAAGCGGUCUCAAAAAUCACGGAAAAGGAAGCAAUAAAUUUUAUAUGGAAGAACAUAAUCUGCAGAUUUGGGAUACCUCGGGUGCUGAUAUCCGAUAAUGGAACCCAAUUUCAAGGAAGGAAAAUAACGGCGUGGCUACAGGAACUGAAGAUACAGCAAAAUUUCACGGCGGUCGGACAUCCCCAAUCGAAUGGUCAAACGGAGGUCACAAAUAGAACCAUAUUACAGCAUCUAAAAGCCAGGCUGAGAUCGAAGACAGAAUGGAGCGAGGAACUCCCAGGAGUACUAUGGGCUUAUAGAACAACCCCUAGAAGCUCAACAGGUGAGACCCCAUUUUCUUUAGUUUAUGGUUCUGAAGCUGUAAUUCCUGCAGAGAUAGGAGAAGAAUCGCAAAGGAUUGCAAACUUCGAUCCACAGACAAAUGGAGGACAGCGAGCAUUCGACCUGGACAUACUGGAAGAAAAAAGAGAGGCAGCAAGAAUCAGGAUGUUGCACCAUAAGAGCUUAAUGCUGAAAGGUCAUAAUAGAUGCGUGAAACCCAGGUCGUUACAGGUUGGAGAUAUGGUAUUAAGGAAAGUGGAAGUUUCGAAGCAUGUGGGAAAACUCGACCCCAACUGGGAAGGGCCUUUCAAGGUUGUUGAGAUCGUCGGAAAAGGGACAUACAAGCUGCAAGACGCUCACGGCAGCGAAGUACCCAGGCCAUGGAACAUACAGAAUCUCAAGAAAUUCUAUGUUUGA